AUACGUAUAUAUAACUAACUAACCAACUUCUCUCUCUCUCUCUCUGUCUCACUCUCUAUCUCGAUCUCUCUCUCACUCUGUCUCUCUCUAUCUAUCUCUAUCUCUCUCUCUCUCUCUCUCUCUCUCUCUCCUUCGUAAAUCGCGAAAUGCAAAUACAACGCUGCGUAAGCGAUCGGGAACGCGCAACGUAUCUAAUAAAACGUAUAAACCAGUAAAUAAUCCAACCACACACACACACACACACCACACACUCCGCACGCAAGAACGUACAGAAAUACACGAACACCUACGUGCAAGGAUACGUGUAUAUACGUCCGAACACGCAUACACGCGCCCAGGUACAUAUGGAUAUACAUGUAUAUGCAUAUGUAUAUACAUACAUACACGCAUACACGUAAACGCGUAUGUAAAUAAGAAGUUAAUGAGAGUUUAAGUUUGGUGUAAAUGGCGCUCUCCAGCCGAAAUGAGUCUACGUCAUAUGUGAACCUGUAUUAUUCUAUUGUCCAGCGUGCGGCAACUCGUUACUUUAAGGAAUAUUACAAUUCCGGCUAGAUCAUUGGGGCGGGCGGGGUAGCUAGGGAUAGUAGAAGAGGACGAGGGAGGGAGCUACGGAUGAGGAGGACGGGAAGCGAGAAUGGCUCUAAACUUCUCCGCCUCGUUCGCGGCUUGCCUCGCGGCCGGACUCAAGGUGCCCCGCCAGAUCAUGUACUGCAUCUCACAGGACACAGGCGCCCCAUACGUGUUGUACAAAGAUAAUAUGGAGAGAGCCCAGGGGCAAUGGGGCCCGGGGCCGGGAUCUCUCCAGGAUGGUGGAUUGUACGCCCAGCAACAACAGCAACAGCAGCAGCAGCAGCAGCAACAACAACAACAGCAGCAGCAGCAGCAGCAACAACAGCAGCAACAACAGCAGCAAGGUUCCUCCUCGUCCGGUAGCCCGCAGCAGGCUUGUGGCCCUCCAGUUGAGGGGGAGAGUGGACCUCCGCCCUCGCUAGCCUCCCCCGUCCCCUCACCGUACCCUUCGGCACCUCCCGAGCCUCAGGCCCUCACCCCAUCCGAUGACGACAUCCAGUCUAGCCAAACUACACCUCAACAGCAGCAGACGCAGCAGCAGGUUCAGCAACAAGUUCAACAACAACAGCAACAGCAGCAACAACAGCAACAGCAGCAGCAACAACAGCAACAACAGCAGCAGCAACAGCAGCAACAACAACAAGGGCACUCGCCUCAGCAGCAGCUUACACCCCACGAGGUUGAACGCGGGGAUUGUUUUCCUGGUAGCGGUGAUUUGCAACAAUAUCCACAGCAUUAUUUCAAAGAAAGCAGACCGCAUCCGUCGCCGUCGAUGCCUUCUCACAUGCUUACACCUGGGGGUUUCUCAGCGUUGCACUAUCUCAAGCAACCCGGGGUCAUGCUAACGUCGCUUGGUCAGGCCGUCGACGGUGGGGCAAGCUUGGAGGGUCAUCAGUACACGAGUCCAGGAGGUCCGAAUAUGUCGUCGACGGGCUUGCCGGACAUUGUACAACAGAAUGGAAAAUCGUCGAAGGGUGCAAACAGUGAUCUUAGAUUGUUCAAGUGCUUGACGUGCGGUAAAGAUUUCAAGCAGAAGUCUACCCUGUUACAACACGAGAGGAUUCAUACGGACAGUCGGCCGUACGGGUGUCCGGAGUGCGGAAAGCGGUUUAGGCAGCAAUCCCAUCUUACCCAGCAUCUACGCAUACACGCCAACGAGAAGCCGUACGCGUGCGUUUACUGCGAGCGUACUUUUCGCCAGCGGGCCAUUCUCAACCAGCAUCUACGCAUCCACUCGGGUGAGAAGCCAUACCAAUGUCCGGAGUGCGGAAAACACUUUCGUCAGAAGGCGAUCCUGAAUCAGCACGUCCGCACACACCAAGAUGUAAGUCCACACCUAAUCUUUAAAAACGGAAUGACGCCGACUCUCUGGCCCCAAGACGUGCCAUUCCCCCCGGAGGAGGGAGGAGGGGGUGGCGGAGGCGGCGGCGGCGGCGGCGGAGGAGGGGGAGGCGGCAAGGGGGCAGACGUCGCGUCAAACUUCGGGGAUUCGGGUUCGUUCAGCCCGGCACCAGACGCGAGCUCGAUUCAGUAUCCCGCCUACUUCAAGGACCCGAAGGGAGGAAAUCACACGGUCUUCGGUGCCGGAGGUCCGAGCAGCUUUGGCGCGCUGCAGUACAUAAAGCAGCAGGGGGCGGCGAGCAAGGGAUGCCUGCCCGACGUGAUACAACACGGCCGUUCGGCGGGCAUGCCGCUCUACGUGAGAUGCCCAAUUUGCCAGAAGGAGUUUAAGCAGAAGUCGACCCUGCUGCAGCACGGUUGCAUACACAUCGAAUCGAGGCCAUAUCCGUGCCCCGAAUGCGGUAAGAGAUUCCGUCAACAGUCCCACCUAACCCAGCAUCUUCGUAUACACACGAACGAAAAACCGUACGGUUGCGUGUACUGCGGUCGUAAUUUUCGCCAGAGAACGAUACUGAAUCAGCACGUUCGCAUUCAUACCGGUGAAAAACCGUACAAGUGCCAACAGUGCGGUAAGGAUUUUCGCCAGAAGGCGAUACUGGAUCAGCACACUCGCACCCAUCAGGGUGACAGGCCGUUUUGUUGUCCUAUGCCUAACUGCAGGCGGCGUUUCGCAACCGAACCCGAGGUCAAGAAGCACAUCGACAACCACAUGAAUCCACACGCUGCUAAAGUGCGACGAAACUCGAGCGGUGAUACAAAACCACCGUCAAGUUCGAGCGGUGCGGGAGGUUUGGGCGCUGGUCCAGCGGGACCUCGUGGUCUUACGCCUACCGUCGUUAAACCGGAACUUUAUUUCCCCCAGUGUUACGCCCCUGCCUUUAACCAUCAGCCCCCUGUUUCUACGGCCCAGUUUCCGGUACAGGCAAAUGGUGUUUCCGGUGUUACAGGUGAAUUUAAACCCCCGUCCGGAAUACCACCGCAGUGACUAACCGUCCAUCCAUCGGCAACGACUUACUAGCACGCGGAACGAUACAUACGUACACACACACACGCACACACACACACACACACACACACACACA